UCCCACCACACGUUCGCACCCAUACGGGUGUCUAUCUACUGCGUCUUUCUUAGAGAUGGAGUUGGAACGAUGAUGGGGUUUCGAUCUUGGCUUCUCACAUCUAGGUUUCGAGCUUGGCUUCUACAUCUGGGAUUCAUCGAUCCAUGACCCUUGCUGCAGCACCACUGCCCUACACCACCGUCACAAACCAGAAGAUCCUUUCUCCUUUUCUUCCCUGCACCACCGAGAAAACCGUAGUCACCCAUUUUCUUUCCUUCUCCUUCUUUCCAAGAAGCUUCAACACUUACUCGUCUGUGUUCAUUGCCACAAGAGGUUAUAUCUUCGCCAUUGAAGCCGAUUCUCAAACCAGUCCACCCAAAUGUACAACCCACUUCCCCAAAUCCACCCAACCGCCAAUUUCACACCCCAUUCGCUAUCUUCUCACAACCCCCAUAUCUUCUUCAUUCAUCAGUUUCAUCAAAACCUAAAGAUCCCUAAGUACAGUUAUUCUUCCCUUCCUUACAACCGCAAAACGUUGUUCAAAACCCGGAUCAAAUGUACAGAAAAUAGUGAUUCCAAUCCAGCAAAAUGGGAGAGACUUUUACCAAAAAAUAUUAUCUCAGCUGACAAAAUCCUCAGGUCGAUUGCCGGGGCAACUUCUAGUCCAAUUUGUCAGUUCAUAUCUUCACCGACUACUUUCUUGCACACCGUUGAUCCAAGAAUAAAAUUGGCAUGGCUUCUGGUUUUAGUUGUUUUACCAGCAAGGUCCCAUAUAUAUAUGCGUUUUGGAUUAAUCACUUUUCUGGCUCUAUUGUCUGUAUGGAUACAGCCAAGACAAGUUUGGGUGGAUCAACUGGGAAGAGUUGCCUUACUAUCCGGGAUUUUGUUCCUAAUGUUGGGACUCGGUGCAGAUAGCAUGCCAAUGGUUGUACAGUCAAGAACCCCACCGCCUUCAAUGAUGGGAUUGUCCGCUAUUCCAUCAUCUUUUGCUGGUUAUUCAUAUCUAUUAUUCAAAUUAGGACCGUUGCAGCUUACAAGAAAAGGACUGUCUGUAGCCAGCACAUCUGCAUGCUUAACCUUCACCAUUUUUCAAAGUGCAAGUCUUUGCCUGAGCACUACAACACCAGAACAACUUGCGUUUGGUCUGGAAUGGUUUAUGAAGCCAUUGGCGUAUGUUGGUGUCCCAGUUGCCGAAGUUAUUCUUACUCUUCUACUAUCAUUGAGGUUUAUCAACCUAGUCUUCGAUGAGGUUCGGAUUGUUGCAUUGGGGAUUGUAUCUCGAAGGAUAAAUUGGCAACAGUUGGCUACUAUGGAGACAGUUGAAGUUUUCUUUACGUACAUCCGUCGGAUCUUCAAAAAUAUAUUUAAUCACGCAGAGCAGAUAACCCAGGCGAUGAAUGUGAGAGGGUUCAGGGGUGACAGCAAGUUGCACAAGAUUUACUUCUCAUCGACUUCUUCUGCAGCAGUGGCAAAUGUCAUAUCCAUUAUGACACUAGUCGGACUUAUAUCUGCUGCUGUAUUAUCCGAGUAUAUGCUUAGCUAACGUCAUACAUGAAAACGUUCAACGAUACAUCAAACUCACACAAUUCUAUCUGUCCGAACAAGCAACUUAAACAUGGAGCGCUAAUGUUUACUGCAAGCGCUUGGAGUCGGCCAGCGUCCAUGAGAACAACCCAAAAAUGUGUACUAGUGUAUCAGGCCCUGCAUUUGACAAAGGAUUCAAACUUAGAAUUCUGGGGGCAUGGAUCAUGAAUUUUGUGUAAUUUUUACUUUUUUAGUACAUUAUGGGACAGAAUACAUGACAUGACAUAAUAAAAACUGUCCCAUAUUUGGUACGACA